GAAAUACAGAGGGCGUCUGCAUGGUGAUGUGAUGCUCAUCCCUGUAGAUCAUGCGUACCGAGGGACGAUCAUACCAGACACUCGGGUAACAGCAGGGAUAUGGUUAAACCAUUCUUGCAGCGUAUCCUCCCAUCAAAUCAGAUUGUCCAAUUAACCACAAGAGCUCAAGUGUCAAAGCGAAGGUCAAAGCGCAGAGAUGCGAUUCAUCCAGAGACUUGGCUAGAAAACCUCGUUUCGCCACUCCACGCCAGACCAUUCCUGGAAUCUCGUCCCGGUGCACUAAUAUCUCCAACGCACCUCCACCUGCCAAGAACGUGGUUCUGGUAGUGUCUGCAUGUAUAAACCCCCUUGAACCCCAGAUUCAGUCCCUCUUCCCUUUCUUUCCCCCGGUCGAUCCUUCAUUAUUCCUUUUUGCUUUUUGUACCACUCCUCUGUUCAAUAUGUCGGCGACUACCAGUGAUAUCAAGAUUGCUUCCAUAGCUAUGGGGUUCACCCUUGGUUUUGGCUUGCUUACUGUUUGGGAGGCAUGGAAGCAGACUCGAAGAAAUCGGAAUCCGCUGCGAAGUGCUUACAUCUACAUGCUCUGGGGAGAGAUUCUGGCAAACAUCAUCAUUACUAUCAUCGGAUGGAUUUUCCUGGAUGGAAUCAUCGGACCGACUGUACCGGUGUUGUUCUUCAUUCUUUUCUUCUGGGUAUUCGAGGUCCAGCUUCUUAUGCAAAUUAUCGUCAACCGUAUCUCUAUCAUCGCCGAGCAUCGAUCUACUAUCUUUAAGCUGAAAUGGGGAACCGCCUUAACUAUCACUCUCAUCAACAUUGCUGUCUUUGCUAUCUGGAUCCCCUCCCAUACCGUUCCUCCUGUCAGCCAAACCUUUGUGCGCAUCAAUGAGGUCUGGGAUCGUGUAUCCAAGGUUCUUAUCCUUCUUGUCGAUGCUGGCCUUAACUGGUACUUCCUUCGAACUGUCAAGAAGCGACUCGUCGAGCAGCAUCGCCUCAAGAAAUAUGAGCCUCUUGUAGGCUUCAACGCUAAGCUCAUGGUCGUCUCGAUCCUCAUGGACGGCAUGCUCAUCGGUCUCAUGUCACUACCCAACCAAGUCGUCUACAUCCAAUUCCACCCCGUCGCAUACAUGGUCAAGCUCAACAUCGAAAUGUCCAUGGCCAAGCUCAUCACCCGCCUCGCAAAGGGUGAGAACGCCGACGACUACUACCCCUCCAUGUCGCACUCCGGCAACCACCAAAGCAACAACCAGCGGACCAACGAUGCACCAUGGACCCAGGGUAACAACGUUCAGUUGACGCACCGAUCAAGGGUUGUCGCUGGUGAUUCCGACGAGGACUUGUCUGGUACUGCGGCUCGACACAAUGGUGGACCUGGUAUCCAUCGCCGAACAGAGUUUGAGGUCACUGUGGAGACGAAACCACAGAAGAAUCCUUUCAGAGAGGGAACUGAGUCGCUGGAUGAGUUGCCAUUAACUUCGAAUACGGGACAUCCUAAGCAGGUUGUUGUCGAGGAGAUUAGCCGCAACCCUUCUAUCCUCAUCCAAGCGUCCCCAAUAAUGCUUGAGCAAUACCUUGGAUGUAAAAGCACAAUAACACGAAACCUGCUCGCGCGCGACUUUGAAGACCAGAUGAUUCAAGAUGCCAUGGGAAUCAUUCUAUUUCCGUCCCUCAGAGAGUCCCGAAGGUCCACGCUCCUAGUUCACGCACAUUUAAACUCCUGGGAGUUACAUGAGCUUCCAAAUCCUUUGGCGACCCGCGAUACCGUUCUCAUGAACCAACUCGACAAUUUACAUAGUUUUCUGAUGGUAUUCGUCGAAGACUACAUUACAAAAGCGACUGCGGCCUUUCCACCGCGUGAAUACAUCUGUCUCCCUCAGCUUUCCCAUAACCAAAGCCAUCUUAUCUUUAAAGGACAAAAGAUCACAAAAAGGUUCGAUUCAGGCCACCUUUUGGAAGGCGAAAGACGACGCUUCUUGAGGGCAUUCUUACGAGUUGAGCUGUUGUCUCUGGUUCAGAGCGCUCUGAGCUUCAGUGACAGAAACCACGACUUGUUCAGAAAGCUAGCCAUAAAAGUCGCAAGACAAGAUAGGGAGGCCAUUCACUGUGUCUGGUUGUAUACAUCUUCACUCUAUGGCGCUAUAUUUGCUCAUUGUGCUGAUGCUUGGCUGCCAGCAGCCGAAGCGCCUCCAGAAACUGGGCUUCUGUUUCCCGAUACCGUCUUUGCAGACCCUAUUGAGUAUGGCAAGGACAUUGGCAUGACUGGACAAGAAGAGCAGUCAGCUAUUGAAAACAUGGCUCGUUACGGGUUCUCUUGGAUCUUUACGGUGAUCCGUUUUGCCAUAGCAAGACCACAAGAUCCCAAAGCUCUCGAAAUCUUGGUCAAAAAGGUUUGUAGAUCAAUGGAUCGGACCUUGAAUAUAGAACACUUCUUCAAAAGAAGACUUCCGUGGGAAGCCAUUUUCGAUACGGUCUACCGCAACAGACCGGAUGGCAGACAGGGUCUUGCUGAGCCAGGAUGGUGGAAAUUCCUUGGUUCAAAGCUACCUAACCGCCAUGGCGGCAUACAGAACAAGAUAUUUCAACAACGGGCCUGGGCAUUCUUCGAAGACGACCGCUACUACCCAAAAGACACAACGGCGGUAUCAAGUUUUCCAAGUAGAAUGGACUUGACCGGGAUGGAACAAGACAAGAUUGAUAAGAUUUUGUCUCUCGUUGGCCCUGGUCCUGUUUCAACAGUUCAGUUAGAAAGGACAAGGAGGGAAUUUCGCCGAUCUCAAAAGUGGCAGGACAAAAUGAAGCAGAGGCAGGUGAAUGUUUCAGGGACUGAGUCUUCUUCGUCCAUGAUUUCUAUAGGAAACAAUAAGGUGUCACUGCCAGCCAUUGAAGAUCGGGAGCAAUUACUGAAAUGGAGUUCAGGGGGCGUUGUGCAAUGGGAUGUAUCAGAGAGGAAAUGAGCAGCUGGGCUUACAAAAGGGCAGAAAUGUUGUUGGGAUACUCUUAUAUAUCGAAAAACA